GUGUCUUUUCAGCUUUCUCGAGGUCCGAGAUAGAUAUCAAUCCCGAAAUAUGCCGCUACCACCAAUAGCCACCUAUGAAAAUCAACUGAAAUUCGAGAGAGACGCUCAGACACGUCCUUAUACCGAAUAUGCUCGGAAAUUUGGGCCCAAAUCUCCAGACAGAUCUCAUGGGAAGAGUUGGUUAACUCCUUUAGAUCCUCUGUUCCCAAUCAAUUGGGAAAAUCAAAGACAGGAUGAUCGAUAUGAUAUAAUUGGAGGGUACCAAAGACAAGAACUGCAACUCUUUACCACGAGGGAACUGAAGGAUUUAGAUGCUAUUUGUGAUAGACCAUUGAGGGAGAGUACACUGUCUGGAGGGAUUAUACCGAUUUUGAGGAGGGAAAGAUGGGAGGAUAAGCCAAGUGAUGCGUGGUUGAGGACAGAUAGUAUACCGAUUAGACAUGACCCCGAUGGUGGAAAGUGGCAAUCGAGCAAUGAUAAAGUUUGGGAGGUCCUCAAACCAAUAGUUAUACUUGCUUCGCAAUUUAUAACGUCUUCUAAAAGUUUACCAUGGCUAGAUGCCCUUCUUUUUGGACCCCGCGCUCCUGUCAAUCCAAAUAGAUACCCACCAGGCUCAAAGAUUCUUAAAGAAUAUCAUACCUUUAGCCCUCGAGAAGGACCAUGGACUAUUGAACGCGAACAGCAAGUCGAGGCCGAAAGAGAUCGGAUAUUUCGCGGACUGAUGAAUGAAAUGGAUUUUAUGUGUUCAUACUUCUACAGCCAUCAGAACGUAAGAGACAAUGAUCCACCUAAUAAUGAUCCAACAUACCCGGUCAAGAAAUUUGGAGAUGCUUUGGGAGUUUCAACAAUUAAUACUUGGGAAAUGCUCAUUAAGAAAAAACCUGGCGCUAAGUGGCGAGUUCAAAUGUUUCUCAACGUCGAAUCUUUAGAGCCUAUCUUCUUUCAGUAUAAAGAUUUAUCAGGCUCCGAGUUAGCAGGUAUCAGAUAUCGCUGUGCAAGUACCAUUGCACACGAAGUCAUGCAUGCUAUAGGCUAUUAUCAAUCUCUGCAUCGUCUCGGUGUUCGUGUAUUUACAAAUAACAGAGAAGGAUAUUUUGGAACAGAGCAAAGCGCGGAGCUUGGCUGGAGCUGGCAAUAUGCAAUUUUCGGAGGAAUUGACUUCAAGAAACCCAUCAAUUGGCGGUCCCGUCGUCUCCUGUGCCAAUUUGCCGAAGCAGUGUACCCUUCCUUCAGGAGCAAAAUUCACGGCUCCAAGAGUCAACCCAUUCUCAUAGACCCCCCCAUAGAAUUGCAUGUCGAUUUCCAUCCAAUCAGCGUCCAGUAUUUAGAAGACGUUCACACUCAAGACUUUUGGGAUCUCAUGGUUCGUGGCUUCGGCGGACGCAUUCUGCAAUACCGCGCGAUCAAGGAAGGUACUAGGGUUUUCUACCUGCCGCAAGCUGGUGAGUCCGGUGUCCCUCUUGUCUAUACAUCCAGAGAAAGGUUGGAUCCUGUCGUCCAUGAUCCGUAUGUCAACGACAAUGCGAUUUUGAUGCAGAGAAUUUUGAACAUACAAUCGCAGAUAGAGACUACGCCGAUGGAGAGGCAAGUUUUGGAGUUUGUUGCAAGAAUAGCUGAAAGUGCGAAAACUGGGAAAGAAUUUUGGGAAAAUAUGGAAUCGCAAGUUGAAGCUGUGGGAGGACUCAUAGAGGUAUUAGUGGAGAAUAAAAAUAAAAGUGUUGGCGGUGGCGAGGGAGAAUUAGGAAUGAUGGAUACGCCAGUGAAAAAUGUGGUGGAGUUGUUAGUUGUGGCUUCGACAAACCAUGAAAGAACGGUAGGAAUUACCUUGGAGAGAGAGAGGCAGAGUGGAGGUUUGGAAGACAUCCUUUCCAAGAGGGCGCUGUUGGUUUGGAAUAGGGGAGCUAGGGGAUUUAAUCGAGAAGUUAUUGACAAAAUUGGGAAAAAAUCCAGAACGGGAGAACUGGCAAUGCAAUUGAACCACUCCUAUAACCGUCUGGAGAAAUGUCAAGCAUUGUUUUUUACUCCAAGCAAAAAGGGUGUCGCAAGUAAUUAUCCUAUAGAACAGAAGGAGUUCGAUAUGCUGCUCGAGGCGACCGAGGCGGUGCAUAAUCUGAGAAAUUACGACAAGGCAAGACAGUUGUGUUCUCAAAUAUGUUCAAAUAAAUACAUUGGAUCUUUUGCGAAGAGUGCGGCGUCAAUGAUGACUGCUAAUUGUGAAGCGGAGAUGGUGGGGGGCAUUGAGAAGUUGACAAUACCAAUCCGACAUAAAUGUUGGAGGUUACUCACUCAAGGCUUGGAAAGGCUGGUUUGGCUAGAACCAGAAAUCAACCAAGCUUCAGAAGGAUGGCAGGAGCUUUUCCGGGAUUACAUUGACUGGGGCAAGAUAUUAGAAACGAAGCUGCGGAUUGAAGAGCGGGAUGUUUUACCUCCGGGGAUUGGAGACACGGGGAAGAGUUCACAGACAGCAGGCAGUCGUAGUGGGGGACGACCUGCUAGAGCGACCUCUCAGAAGAGGACGAGAGAAAAUAUUAAAGAUUUGGUUGACGAAGUGAUGGAAGAUGUGGUCUCUCCAGACCCCAAAGAAUGGAAAUCGUUGCAGAGAAUUAGAGCAUUCAAGAAAAUGAAGCGUGCGACGAGGGAUCCAGGCGAUACACCACCGGAAUGAGAUAGAGGUGGAAGUCGUUUCGGAAAAAUAUUCAAUCUUCGACCCUUAGAAAAAGGCGUGGAGUUGAGGGUUUUCAUACUAUCUAAAUAUCUCAACACAACUUUUACUGCUGAUAGCUAUGAUGUCCGAUAUGAAAUACAAGAUAGAACUCCGAUUGCUGCCUCAAACUGUCAAAUGUGAAGCUUCUUUCCUCAGUUGCACUUGUCUAACACAAGACUCACAUACUUGAUUGCACUUGCAACUUAUAUAUCGUGUACAUUGCCUGACUGGCAAUCAUUGUUGUUUCCUCAAUAUUUUAAUACGAUCCUAUAAUUCCCA